AUGGUAUCAGAAGUUAUCGCAAGUUCAAGUUCAAGUGUUUCAGCAGAUACUAUUGAAGAAAUUGAGAAGAAUCGCAAUCAUCCUCUGUCGUUGAUGAUCAAUUCGCGUGCAAAGAGCAAAUUAGGCUUUGUACUUGGAUCUUGUCAAAAGUCAGAUUAUAAACCUGAAUUAGGGGAACAAUGGGAGAAGUGUAAUGCGUUUGUGUUGGCUUGGAUUAUGAACACAGUUUCUAAGGAGUUGUCGAGUGGGAUUGUGUACGCAUCAGAUGCAGCCAUGGUUUGGGCAGAUCUGAAUUUAAGAUCUAACAAGGUUGAUGGUUCAAGAAGUUAUCAACUUCAUCGAGAAAUAUGUACUCUUCAUCAAGGUAAUCUUACAGUAUCAACUUAUUUCACAAAAUUGAGACUGUUAUGGGACGAAUUUGAUGUGUUGGUACCUCCUCCUACUUGUGAUUGUGAUAAAUCAAAGAUGUAUAUAGAUCAUUUAAAGUUUUUGCGACUGUUUGCUUUUUUGAUGGGAUUAAAUGAAAUAUACAUCCAUGCAAGAAGCCAAAUCUUGAUGAUGAAUCCUCUUCCAAAUGUAAACAAAGCAUAUGCUAUGAUAACUUCUGAUGAAAGUCAGCGUAUGACUGCUGUGAAUAGAGUUGGUGGAGAUAUUCAUGAGUCGAUGGCAUUGUAUUCUAAAAAAAUGAUGAUUCUGUAA